AUGGUGUCCGCUGGACACGCUGGGUGCCUUUGCCCGCAGCCUGCACCGACCCGGGCGCCGACGAGACCGAGAUUUUCAGAUGAAGUGCUUGACCCCCCCCCCCCCCCAGAACUUCAGGAUGGUGGGGAAACGGGACGGGAAGGGGGAACACCAUGCAGGGUGACACCUCACGAACGUGCCUCCGAUUGUAGUCUGUGCGGGAGUUAGGAUGGUUCAGGGAGGCAUGUCAGUGGGGUCUUGGAAGACCAGUAAGCAUGUAGCUAAGAUAAAAAGGAAUAAAGACGUUUCCUGGGAGAGGGAAUGCCGUUUUCCCAUCUUGGGCGGGUGAAGAACCAAGUCUCCAGAGUAACCAGCGACUGAAUCGCAUCAAAAGCGUGGAGUUGUAUUUGUGUUGAUGGAUUUGGAGGUAGGUUUGCUGAGUGCCCAAGGAGAGGUAUCAGAUGAGACAGGGAAAGUAGUCAGCCUUUGAAGGGACUUGUGUAUUUUGUUUUGCUAGACUUUGUCCUCUGGGCAAGCUGGGUUUGCUUAGGGUGCAUCCACAAGAGAGCUACCUAAGGUUUUUGCAGGUUAAUGCUCCAAAGUUGUGAGUGGCAGUUUUACUUUGUUGUUUUUAACAGGUAUUGAACACCUAGUUGGCAAUUUCCAGCAGUCAACAAAACAGAGACCUUCCUUCAUGGAGCUUAUAUUUUAACAAAGAUAGACCCUAAAAUAAAUAAAUGAAUUUGUAACAUGGCAGGUGGUGUUGAACCUUAAAAAGAGCCUUGGAAAUUCACAGAGGGAAUAUGAAAAGCAGGUUGUCUUGUACAGUAUCCGCAAUCAGUUACGCUACAGAAGUAACCUAGUUAAACAUGUCAAGAAAGAUGAACGCAAGUACUAUGAGGAACUCCUGAAAUACAGCCGAGACCAUCUCAUGUUGUACCCUUACCAUUUAUCCGAUAUUAUGGUGAAGGGCUUGAGGAUAACACCAUUUUCAUACUAUACUGGGAUCAUGGAGGACAUUAUGAACAGUGAGAAAAGUUAUGAUUCAUUGCCCAAUUUUACUGCUGCUGACUGUCUGAGGCUUCUUGGCAUAGGAAGAAACCAGUACAUUGAUCUUAUGAAUCAGUGUAGAUCAUCAAAAAAAUUUUUCAGAAGGAAAACUGCCCGUGAUCUUCUACCAGUAAAGCCAGUGGAGAUUGCCAUAGAGGCAUGGUGGGUGGUGCAAUCUGGGUAUAUCACAGAAGAUGACAUCAAGAUAUGCAGUUUGCCUGAGAAAUACGCAAUUGAUAAGAUCAUCGAUUCAGGCCCUCAACUCUCUGGAUCACUAGAUUACAAUGUAGUACAUAGUUUGUAUAACAAAGGAUUUAUUUAUCUGGAUGUACCAAUAUCAGAUGACAGUUGUAUAGCAGUUCCUCCUCUUGAAGGUUUUGUAAUGAAUCGAGUACAAGGUGAUUAUUUUGAAACUCUACUCUAUAAGAUAUUUGUGUCAAUAGAUGAGCACACUAAUGUCGCAGAGCUUGCGAAUGUCCUGGAGAUAGACUUAUCCCUGGUUAAGAAUGCUGUCUCAAUGUAUUGCCGAUUGGGCUUUGCCCAUAAAAAGGGACAAGUAAUAAAUUUGGAUCAACUUCAUUCAUCGUGGAAGAAUGUUCCAUCUGUAAACAGAUUAAAGAGUACUUUAGAUCCACAGAAGAUGCUCUUGUCAUGGGAUGGUGGAGAAAGUAGAAGUCCUAUUCAAGAAGCUUCUUCGGCUACUGACACUGAUACAAAUAGUCAAGAAGAUCCAGCUGACACAGCCAGUGUAAGCAGUUUGAGUCUGUCUACAGGAUAUACAAAGCGUAUUGCAUUCCUAUUUGACUCAACUCUCACUGCAUUUUUGAUGAUGGGAAACCUUUCACCAAAUUUGAAAAGUCAUGCAGUCACCAUGUUUGAAGUAGGCAAACUUUCAGAUGAGUCUCUGGACAGCUUUCUUAUAGAAUUAGAAAAGGUUCAGAGCACUGGUGAAGGAGAGGCACAGAGAUACUUCGAUCAUGCCCUUACUCUGAGAAACACAAUCCUGUUUCUUCGUCAUAAUAAAGAUCUAGUUGCGCAAACUACUCAGCCAGACCAACCCAACUAUGGCUUUCCUUUGGACCUCUUACGCUGUGAAAGCCUUCUUGGUUUGGACCCCGCAACUUGCAGCAGAGUUUUGAACAAAAACUACAUGCUGCUGGUGUCCAUGGCUCCUCUCACCAACGAAAUCCGGCCUGUCAGCAGCUGCACGCCCCAGCAUAUUGGACCAGCUAUUCCAGAAGUCAGUUCUGUCUGGUUUAAACUGUAUAUUUACCACAUUACUGGACAAGGACCGCCAUCUCUCUUACUGUCCAAAGGGACAAGACUUCGAAAACUGCCAGGUAUAUUCCAGGGUUAUGAUCGAUUACUCAUAACAUCUUGGGGUCAUGAUCCUGGGGUAGUUCCUACAUCGAAUGUGCUCACAAUGUUGAAUGAUGCUUUAACACAUUCUGCGGUAUUAAUUCAGGGACAUGGUUUACAUGGGAUAGGAGAAACUGUCCAUAUACCAUUUCCAUUUGAUGACACAGAGCUACAAGGAGAAUUUACCCGUGUCAAUAUGGGUGUUCACAAAGCAUUGCAAGUAUUAAGGAACAAAGUGGACUUGCAGCAUUUCUGUGGCUAUGUCACCAUGUUGAAUUCUUCUAGCCAGCUUGCAAGUAGAAAACUCAGUGAUGCUUCUGAUGAAAGAGGAGAACCCGACUUGGCUUCUUGCUCAGAUGUACACGGGAGUACAGAGUCAUUUGAAAUGGUCAUUGAGGAAGCCACUGUAGAUUUGACAGCAAAACAAAACUCUGGUACCACAACAGAAGCAGAUUGGGUUCCUCUUGAGCUGUGCUUUGGAAUUCCUCUAUUCAGUUCUGAAUUAAACCGGAAAGUAUGUCAGAAAAUUGCUACUCAUGGCCUUUGCAGAAAAGAAAGCCUUCAAAAUCUCUUACAUUCCAGUAGAAAACUCUCUCUGCAAGUCCUUAACUUUGUUCACUCAUUCCAGGAAGGUGCUUCAACACUGGACAUUCACGCAGAACCUAGCUUUUCAAGCUUGCUUUCCCAGUCAUCCGGUGCCGACGUGGGAGUUCCGCUUCCUGCAAAAAACUUAGUAUUUAAAGAUGGCAUCUUAUCAGAAUGGAAUGGACGAUCACCUUCCUCACUUCUUAUUGCCAACCUCCAUUUGCAAUAACUUGAUUACACCUAAGUCUGUUGCUCACCCUUCCUGCCUUUUUUCUUUCUUCGUGUUAGCUUUGUAGUGACAGCCACUGGUAAGCAUCCUGCUGCUGCGGUACAGUUCUUGCCUUGCUGAUGUUAAGUGUUUGGGGACAUGCCGAUGUUUUCUGAAGAGUUGUUUGGUAUUGCACACCUGAUCGCAACCAAGUGCUUUCUAGCAGCCACACUGUAUUUUUUACCCUAAGACAAUCUGCAUUUCUUUUAUAAAACUAAGUAUAUACUUUAUAGGCUUUAUGAUGACUGUUCUGUUUAUAAGCAGUCACUAUGAAUAUUGCAAUGGUAAUUUUAUAUGUUAGUUUAUCGGACAUAAAUCUUGUUUAAUUUUAUAUUUUGUUAUCUAUACUUUAGGGGAUCAAGGGAGAGACAGGACUCUUCCCUCUGAAAAGGCUUCUUGAUACUUAAAGUAGUAAAAACAGUAAACAUCCAGUGUUGAGAAAUGGUAUGAUGGGGCAUUAAGAAUUCCUGUGAGGUCUGUAAAUUAUGUACAUUAAUUGAACAUUGGUGAAGAUAUGUAAAUCAGCAUAGUUGUGUAUAACUUAACCUUGGGUUAUACGACCUUAAUUCUGAUUCUUCAUCGACAUCUCAUGAGAAGCUUUGGAGAACAUUCUAUUUUUAAACAGUGUUUAUAUGUGGACUUCAGUUGUCACUCACUUUGGGCUUUAUAUUUUCAUAGAGUCUUUAUGAAAAAUAGAAUUUAUUUUCCACUCAUAGCUGAGACUGCUGCAUGUCCAGUUUUUGUUUGUUUUGUAGCUUUACCAAUGAAUUGUUAUGGAAAUUGAAGGGUUGUGAUUUUAGGUUAGCACUACUUAUUAGAAAUAUUAAGAAUAUGUCUUUGGAUUAAAACACUUCACUGAUAAGCCUACUUUGAAGAUAUAUUCUUAAUUUUUAUCUCAAAUUUAUGUCAGUAGUUUUGGAGGAAAUGAAAAGUUGGAUAAUUUUGGUGUAUUUCUUGAGUUAUUGAUUCUUUUAGUAAUUUAUAUGUCCAAACAAUUGAAAUCACUUUCUAGACUUUUCAAGUUACCUUCCUUGGGAAGUUAGUGCAGUGUUAUAGUUUACUUUAGCUCUUCUUAUGGAGAAAUGGUUUGUUAGUUUAAAUUGUAACCAAACUAACUGGCUAACAGCAUAUAUCUAAAACACUUAAAUCAUUAGAAAAUUGGAUAAUGUGAUAGCCUAACAUUUUUGCUGAUGAAUUUUGUUAUUUAUAGAACUUGUUAUUUGUGUAUUUAACAUACUUCUGGAAAUAUAUGCCUUCUUAAAACUGUUAACACACCCAUGCAUUUAGAUGGUCUGUCUAUAGAAUUGGAUAUCUUGGAGCAGGUUACCUUUGGAACAGUGGUACUGUGCUUCACUUAAAUGUGGUAAUGUUUAGUUUUCUACUUGGUCUUACAUAAGGUAGAAACCAUGUGUAUGUUUGUCUACAAAAAGAAAAAAUAGAUACUAAUAUUAAAAUAAUUUCUUAUGACUGUGAGCCAGUCGUUUGUUUUUUCAAUAAUGAUAAUGUACAUUCCUAGUGCUAUUAGUUACGUAUGUAUGUAACUUCCAGUUUUUCAACUGAAAGCUGUAAGUAUUUCUUUUGAUCAGGGCUUUUUAUAAUCUCACUUUAAUUUGCUUCAUUUGAAUUAUAGUUAUUUAUUCUUGUAUUAACCAUCUAAAUCAAUUGUAAUGACAUGUACACUAAUAAAGAACUGAACGUUUGUAGUUCUUGAGAGCAAGAGCUGAGUUUAAAGCUUAAAAUAUGGGAGUGAUGUGCUGCCAUGUUUCCUUUAGAGAUAAUGGAGAAAGAAAUAGAGUUAAUAAUGAUCAUGAACUUCAGGGAGAGUGCUAACGAGACAUGAAUGGGUUCCACUGUGGCUUCUGUGUUGAAUGAGCGGUGUGUGUCCGGUGUAUUCACCAGGUUCUCAGCCGAAGACCUCAGACUGUUAACAGAUGGAGAUUUGAGCAGACUAGGAAAUGCUGAUGUUAGUGCUGUCCUUUGUGAAGGUGGCUUUGUCCUACUCAUGUGAAAAUGCAUCUCUUAAGUCUUAGGAGUGCUGAUACAGUUCAACAAAAAAAUAAUUUUAAAAUACAGACUUUGUUACUUGCCAAAGAAGAUUCAUGGAAAAAUGUUAUCUAAUCGUUUUGCAAAUGUUUAAGUCAUUUGGCUUUGUACCACCUUCUCUUGUUUGUUUUUUCCCCCAUCCCUUACUGAGGCUGAGUCCAUGGUAAGCAGACAUUCUUCAGGAACCGAGAAACAAGAAAAGAGCUA